CACUCCGCGCGUCCUGGCCUGGAGGCGCGAGCGGCGCGGCCGGUUGAGGAGGGCGGGACGUGGGCGGGACGUCCGGCGCUGGCCCCGCCUCCUCGCCCUGCCCACUCCAGGCAUCUAAACACAGGUGGGAGCGGGAGAUCCCGACCGGUGAGCCCCGCGCCCCGCAGUCGCAAGGAUGGAGUUCGUCAAGUGUCUAGGCCACCCGGAGGAGUUCUACAACCUGCUGCGAUUUCGCAUGGGAGGCCGGCGGAAUUUCAUACCCAAGAUGGACCAGGACUCGCUCAGCAGCAGCUUGAAGACCUGCUACAAGUAUCUCAAUCAGACCAGUCGCAGUUUUGCCGCGGUUAUCCAGGCGCUGGAUGGGGACAUACGGCACGCGGUGUGUGUGUUUUACCUGGUUCUCCGAGCCCUGGACACGGUGGAGGACGACAUGACUAUCAGUGUGGAGAAGAAGAUUCCCCUGCUGCGCAACUUUCACACUUUCCUCUAUGAACCAGAGUGGCGGUUCACCGAGAGCAAUGAGAAGGACCGACAAGUGCUGGAGGACUUCCCCACGAUCUCCCUGGAGUUUAGAAAUUUGGCUGAGAAAUAUCGAACGGUGAUUGCUGACAUCUGCCACAGGAUGGGGUGUGGGAUGGCAGAAUUUGUAGACAAGGAUGUGACCUCCAAACAGGACUGGGACAAGUACUGUCACUACGUUGCUGGGCUGGUGGGAAUCGGCCUUUCUCGUCUAUUCUCUGCCUCAGAGUUUGAAGACCCCGUAGUUGGUGAAGACAUAGAGUGUGCCAACUCAAUGGGUCUGUUCCUGCAGAAAACAAAUAUCAUUCGUGAUUAUCUGGAAGACCAACAAGAAGGAAGAAAGUUUUGGCCUGAAGAGGUGUGGGGCAGAUAUGUUAAGAAGCUGGAAGACUUUGCUAAGCCAGAGAACAUAGAUGUGGCAGUGCAGUGCUUGAAUGAACUCAUAACCAACGCCCUACAACAUAUCCCUGACGUUAUCACCUACCUGUCAAGGCUCCGGAACCAAAGUGUGUUUAACUUCUGUGCUAUUCCACAGGUAAUGGCCAUUGCUACACUGGCUGCCUGUUACAAUAACCAGCAGGUAUUCAAAGGAGUAGUGAAGAUUCGGAAGGGGCAAGCCGUUACCCUCAUGAUGGAUGCCACCAACAUGCCUGCUGUCAAAGCUAUCAUAUACCGGUAUAUAGAAGAGAUUUAUCACCGGAUCCCCAGCUCAGACCCAUCCUCUAGCAAAACCAAGCAGAUCAUCUCCAACAUCAGGACACAGAAUCUUCCCAACUGCCAGCUCAUCUCCCGAAGCCACUACUCCCCCAUUUACCUGUCAUUUAUUAUGCUCUUGGCUGCCCUGAGCUGGCAGUACCUGAGCACCCUGUCCCAGGUCACAGAGGACUAUGUCCAGAGAGAACACUGAUUUUGUUUAUCUGGAAGUGGAAAUUCACAUGAAGUGGGUUUUUCUUUUCCUCCAGCUGGAUUUUGACUUCCCUUGGUUUUCCUCCUGCUCUAAUCUUUUGGAGAACUGAAUGUGGGACCUUUAGGAACUCUGCAGAGGAAAGGAUGCCUUGCCCUCAGCAGCCUGGUGCUCGCUGGGUCAUGGUCCCUCUGCCACUUGUAGCCACUGGCAGCAUGCUGACUGCUGCACUUUAGAUGGAAUGGCCACGUGUGAUGGUCACAAGAUCCUAGUGAACCUGGCUAGAAUGCUGAUUGAAUUUAUUUAAUUUGAAACAGCCUUUGAAUACGUAUGACAAUAGAAAAUGAAGUGA